UAUCGCGAGAUUUGUGCAGAUCGGACAUGGCGGACGAGGAGGUGGCCAAGCUGCAGAAACAUCUGGCGCUCCUCCGUCAGGAGUACGUAAAGCUACAACAGAAGCUGGCAGAGACUGAGAAAAGAUGUGCCUUACUUGCAGCCACAUCCAAUGCUGGGAAUUCCAAGGACUCCUUUAUUUCCAGGUUACUUGCUAUUGUCUCAGAGCUUUAUCAGCAAGAACAGUACAGUGACCUGAAAGUGAAGGUUGGAGAAAAGCACCUCAAUGCUCACAAGUUUGUGAUGGCAGCACGCAGUGAUGCCUGGAGCCUUGUAAAUCUUGCUUCUACCCAUGAGCUAGAUCUAUCAGAUGCUGAUCCAAAGGUGGCCAUGUCGAUGCUCCGAUGGGUUUACACAGAUGAUCUGGAUCUGAAAGAAGACGAUGUGUUCCUCAUUGACCUGAUGAAACUGGCCAAUCGAUUUCAGCUGUUUCCACUUCGGGAAAGGUGUGAAAAGGGAGUAAUGUCGAUGGUUAACGUUAGGAACUGCAUCCGGUUCUAUCAGACUGCAGAGGAGCUGAAUGCUGUUGCAUUACUGAACUACUGUUCUGAAAUCAUAGCCAGCCAUUGGGAUGACCUGCAGAAGGAUGAUUUCAGCAGCAUGACUGCUCCUUUAUUAUACAAAAUGAUUAAAUCAAAAACAGAAUAUCCUUUGCAUAAAGCUAUCAAAGUGGAAAGAGAAGAUGUUGUAUUUCUCCACCUUAUUGCAAUGGAUUCUCAGUUGCCUGGUAAACUAAAUGAACUUGAUGAUAACGGAGAACUAGCCUUGGAUCUGGCUCUCUCUCGACGACUAGAGAGUAUUGCAACAACGCUGGUUAAUAACAAAGCAGAUGUUGACAUGGCGGAUAAGAAUGGCUGGAGUUUGCUUCACAAAGCUAUCCAAAGAGGUGAUGAAUUCUCUGCUAGCUUCUUGAUUCGGAAUGGUGCUUGUAUAAACGCAGCUACAUAUGGUGAGCAGGAGACAUCACUUCACCUUGUGGCCUCAUAUAGUCACAAAAGCCACUCGUCAGAAGCAAUGACAGGAAUGGCACAUAUUGCACAAGCACUUUUAGAAGCAGCUGCCAAUCCUAUUAUGCAGGAUAGCAAAGGACGGACACCUUUGCACACUUCUAUAUUGGCAGGAAAUGAGCAUGUUUUCACACUGUUACUGCAGUCUAAACGAUGUGACUUGGAGCUGAAGGACCAUGAAGGAAAUACUGCACUGUGGUUAGCACUUCAGGAUAUAACAGUGGAUUCUGAUCAGUCAGUGAAUCCAUUUGAUGAUGUUCAGGUUGUGAAUGGCACAUCAUUUGAUGAGAACAGUUUGGCUGCAAAACUUAUUAAAUGGGGCAGUAAUCCAGAUGCUCCAGAUGCAAAAGGAAAUUGUUUGACGCAAAGGGCAUCAGAGGUUGGAAAUGAAGCUGCUGCACUUUUCCUGGUUGCUCAUGGGGCCAAAGUUAAUCAUGCCAAUCAGUGGGGUGAAACACCACUUCACACGGCCUGCCGAUACGGUUUGGCAAACCUUACCGUGGAACUGUUACAACAUGGAGCAAAUCCCAACGUCCAAACAAAGCAACCACUUCCCACUGGUACCAGUCUGUCUCCAGAUACUGCUGAUGGCCUUCACCUGCAGACUCCACUUCACAUGGCAAUAGCAAACAAUCAUCCGGAUGUCGUAUCUGUGAUACUGGAGCAGAAAGCAAAUGCACUUCAUGCAGCCAGUAAUCUGCUGAUUAUCCCUGACUUCAGUCUCAAAGAUUCCAGAGAUCAGACUGUCCUAGGACUGGCUUUGUGGACAGGCAUGCAUACCAUUGCAGCACAGCUCCUAGGUUCAGGAGCAGCCAUUAAUGACUCAAUGUCUGACGGUCAGACUCUACUACACAUGGCAAUUCAGAGGCAAGACAGCAAAAGUGCUCUCUUUCUUCUUGAGCAUCAAGCUGAUAUAAAUAUUCGAACUAAGGACAGUGAAACAGCCCUUCAGUUAGCCAUCAAAAAUCAACUUCCGCUUGUGGUUGAUGCUCUUUGUACCCGUGGUGCAGAUAUGGCAGUGACCGACGAGAAGGGCAAUUCACCUCUGUGGCUAGCCCUGGAAAGUGGACUUGAGGACAUCGCUUCCACCUUGGUGAGACAUGGUUGUGAUCCGACAUGUUGGGGUACUGGUCCUGGUGGAUGCCUACAGACUUUGUUACACCGAGCCAUUGAUGAAAACAACGAGAUUUCUGGUUGUUUCCUCAUCCGCAGUGGAUGUGAUGGUAACAGUCCUAGACGACCAGGGCCAAACGGUGAGGGGGAUGAGGAAGCCCGAGAUGGUCAAACACCAUUGCACAUGGCAGCAAGCUGGGGCCUUGAAGAAGUGGUACAGUGCCUUUUGGAGUUUGGUGCCAAUGUGAAUACUCAGGAUGCAGAGGGAAGAACUCCAAUUCACGUUGCUAUUAGCAACCAGCACAGUGUUAUAAUUCAGCUUCUGAUAUCGCACCCUAACAUCCGGUUAAACAUUCGGGAUCGCCAGGGUCUGACGCCCUUCGCCUGUGCAAUGACCUACAAGAACAACAAGGCUGCAGAGUCAAUCCUCAAACGAGAGCCAGGAGCGGCUGAACAGAUUGACAAUAAGGGGAGGAACUUCCUUCAUGUUGCUGUGCAAAACUCUGACAUUGAGAGUGUACUAUUCCUGAUUAGUGUGCAGGCUAACGUGAAUUCACGAGUCCAGGAUUCAUCCAAACUUACACCAUUACAUCUGGCUGUACAAGCAGGAUCUGAAAUUAUAGUCCGGAAUCUGCUACUUGCAGGGGCCAAAGUGAAUGAGUUGACAAAGCACCGUCAGACAGCCCUCCAUCUUGCGGCCCAGCAGGACCUACCAACUAUCUGCUCUGUGCUGCUGGAGAAUGGUGUGGAGUUUGCUGCAAUUGAUGAGAAUGGCAACAAUGCCCUUCACCUGGCAGUUAUGCACGGUCGCCUCAGUGUGGUGCGUGUUCUCCUAACGGAGUGCAGUGUCGAUGCUGAAGUUUUCAAUCUGAGGGGACAGUCACCUAUGCACGUAUUGGGACAUUAUGGGAAAGAGAAUGCCGCAACUAUCUUUGAGCUCUUCUUGGAAUGUAUGUCUGAUUACCCACUGGAUAAGGCAGAUGCUGAGGGGAACACAGUCUUGCUUUUGGCCUACAUGAAGGGAAAUGCCAAUCUAUGUCGAGCCAUUGUGCGAGCUGGAGCCCGUCUUGGUGUCACCAAUAACCAGGGAGUCAACAUCUUUAAUUACCAGGUGGCCACAAAGCAGCUGCUCUUUCGGCUUCUAGACAUGCUGUCCAAGGAGCCUCCAUGGUGUGAUGGUUCCAACUGCUUUGAGUGCAUUUCCAAGUUUGGAGUGACUAUGCGCAAACACCACUGCCGCCACUGUGGACGAUUGCUAUGUCACAAGUGUUCAAUGAAGGAAAUUCCGAUCAUCAAGUUUGAUUUGAACAAGCCAGUGAGGGUGUGUGACAUUUGCUUCGAUGUCCUGACACUGGGUGGAGUCUCUUAGUACUUAUUAGUGGCUCUGCUCUUCCAUUUUGUGUUUUACCAGCACUACACAAUGCCUUUCCAGCAACUGGAAGCUCCAUUUGGACUAGCACCUUUAAAGAGAAGUCUAAACACUUGAAGAUUGAAUUAUAUUACUCGGUUUGAAAUUAUGUUGUUUGAUUGUAACAAUGGAUUUGGUAUUAUUGAAUGAACAGAUACUUAGCCAGGUGAAUCGUUCAGAGUUGAGUGCAGGUGCUUCUGGCUGGGGUUAGUAUGACCCUAUUCUUACAGGGUUGUAUGGUAGAAAUAUUCAGGACCUGGUGUUGUUUCAAAUGAACACCCUUCAGUUCUGUUAAACCGUAUUUUUAAAAAUCUUCCUCAUUAAUCAGAUGUAAUGCUGUUCUUCCUUCUGCUGCUCUGUUCAGAAUGUAUUCUUAAAAGCCCAUGUGAAGUUAAACGUGGAACAGUAUAGACUAAUGCAACCCCUAUUGACUGUCCACUUCUCCACAUGGACUGUAUCUGGUAACUUUAAUAUUUAUUUCUGUUAAUCCUGUACACAGAUGACAGCAAUUGACUUGCUGAUCUGGAUCUGUGGGAAGAAAUUGGUAACACUAAUUUAUUGUACCAGUUGAAUGGCUAUCCAUUGAAAAAGGGAAAUGGCACAUAUUUGAACCAAAUGUAUAGCCAUCUAUGUGGUAGAAUAUGGUUUCUUUUAAACUGGAACAACAUAGAAUAGCAUUUUAAAUCUGCUUAGUACAUUAUCAAACUAGUACAUUAUCAGACUAACCUUUGUGAAGCUAAUUCUGCUUAUCAUUGUAACGGAACAGAAUUUUCAUAAAUAUCCCAGUUUUAGGUCAGUAGGUCCUUUCAAUUAGAUUCUCAUUUUAUGGAGAAAUACAGACUGUAUGUGGCUUAUUCUAGUGUCAUAGCAUCCAGUAAUUAAUGUGCUCCUACUGGUAUUCUGGGGAUUGGUUUGCUGUGAAAGACUUGUAUCCAGCUACUGCUGGGUGCACUCAAAGGACUAGAUAGCAUAAUCUCGGAAGCUUUAGUCGCAAAAGACUCAAGGAAGUCAUUUGGUAUGUGUGAAUAAUAUUUGGACAUCCCCAAAGGAGAGAAUGUUAUACUUUGAUAACCAUUCUACCAUAAAGCCACUAGUUCAAGGAUUGCUGCAUAAUGGGCAGUGAAAAUUGUGUAAAACAUUUCAACAUGCUGUACUUUAUGCAGUUUGUGCUAUGCUAUAUAAUGCUUUAAAGCGUUUUGGCAAAAUUUCUUGCAUCGUUUCAUUGUACCUAACCUAUUUGAAUAUGAAGCCUGGUGCUCUAGGCUGAAUAGUUAAUAUUGAUAUCCCAUGUAUAAUUCUGUUAUACUCUGUUUAAUAUUGUUUGCUCUGCUCAGAUUGACAGGAUGAAGGGUAAAUUAGUCCUUUUGGAAAGUUUGUAUUCAUUUUUUUGUUUAAAUCAGCAACUUGUAUUGAAUAACAUUCCAACUGUAAUAUGAUGUUGGUGCAUUUGUAAUGCAGCUUGUGUGCCUUGUGAAGCUGCUUAUAUAAUUAAACUAUCAGAAGCUUUUGACUAACAGCAAUUGCUUUGAACUAAUGUGGUAGUGUUGAAUUCCCUUUGAAAUAAAGUUUAAUAACGGGGUAGAUUCAGGA